CACGUGGCCGGUCAACAAACCAGUUGACGUUGGAUGCAUGAAACACGGACGGAAUCUCAUCGUUAAUUAAAAAGUGCUGUACCGAAAUGGAAACAAGAAGCCGGGUUUGGAAUGAGCAAGAACAAUAGAAGCGCUGCGUAACUGAGACAGCACGCCUGCAAAGACGAGAGAGACUGGUGCGCCUUGGCACCGAGGGAAGCACCAAACUUCAAGGACGAGCUGAGCAUCAAUUUAGGACAAAAGAUCGGCACACUAAAAACGAGCAUGUUCCUGUCGACUGUUUUCUAUAAUAUACAUUUGUAAGCAUCAACUUAAGAUCCAGGAUAAGGUGUGGAAAGCGUCCCUGUUGUCCUCAUUUCGCUCAAAACAACUGUGCCAAUGCUGGAAUGGCUUGUGGCUCUGUGCAUUUUGAUCCUGGUGGGCUUAAUCUGGCCAGGCUUCAAAUAUUUUGGCACUGAGAGCCAGUCGGGUGCCUUGCUUCAGGGACAUGGGAGUUCGCAACAGACAACCAAGGACAAGACCGGGAGGUGCGUCUCGGAGCAGGAGGUGGGCGACGUUUCCCAGGCGGCCUGUGAUGAGAAAGCACGCACCGUGGCACUAAUAUGCAAACCGUCCGCGUUGGCCAACUAUCUCCUGAAACACUGCAGGACUUUCAGUAAUUACUCGCCGUGUGUCGGCUGGACGUGGCGGGCAAGCGCCUUCCUCCAGAGUGUGUACGAGGCGUGCUGGCCGUACGACAGUCCGGUCCAGUUUGUGCGGGACAACCUGCAGCUGAGCGAUGAUGGGCUGGUGGCCCUGGACUGGGCAGUGCCGUCCUACCAGAAACGACGCAGGACUUCCAGUCACUCCACCAGUCCCGUUCUGCUCAUCAUCCCAAACUCUUUUGGGAAGUUCACUAGGAAUGUGUUAAAGUUGUGUGAAACGGCACUGUCCCAUGGCUACCUUCCGGCAGUUUUCAACCGCCGCAGCCACAACGGCACCCCGCUCACCACCCUCAAGCUGCAGCAGUUUGGUGACCCUGCGGAUCUGCGCGAGGCAGUGCGCUAUAUUCGCCAUAGACAGCCAGCAGGAAGACUGUAUGCAGUCAGCGAGAGCACAGGCUCGGGCCUUCUCAUUUCUUACCUCGGGGAGUGUGGAUCAUCCAGCUACAUGACGGCUGCCGUCUGCCUGUCACCUGUGUUCCGCUGUCAGAGCUGGUUUGAGAACGGGCUGUGCUGGCCUCUGCAGUGGGCGUUGGCGCUCUACCAGAAGAUCUGUCUCAGCAGGUACAAGACGGUGCUGGCUGAGAACAUACAGACUGACACCCUGUUUUCUAGCUGUUCCUUACGUGGCCUGGAGGAGGCGUUGUUCUGUCAGACCGGACAGGUGGGCUCAGCACCAGCAGCACCGACAGGGACGAGCAGUAUCUGCAAUACUUCAGGUACCUGGGAUGCUUACUGGGAACGCAAUGAACCCUUGAGAGACGUGGAUGAAGUGGCUAUUCCUGUUCUGAGCGUGUGCGCUCAGGAUGACCCAGUCCGCGGUGACGCCCAAUCCACGGUACCCUUUGAACUCUUUGAGACAAACCCACAUUUUUUCCUCCUCCUGACUGGCCGUGGAAGUCACUGUGGUUUCUCCACCCAGCCCGAGUGGAGCGCCGCUAGUGCAUUUGGUGCAGCCGGUCCUGCGGCUGUACCGAACAGUGGGAUGGCGAGCCGUCGGACCAACUGGAGCCACAGAGCUCUGCUGGAGUUCUUCAGGGCGACCACGGACUUCUUCGCUGCAGAAGAGAGAGCAAAGCAACUCGCUGCUAGGAGGAGGGGGCUGGGGGGAGGAGCAGGAGGGAGGGUUUUCCGCCACCGCAGUGUCAGUACAUGUAAACGAGUGCCAGCGUGUUCCCAUAAUAUCCAUGCCAUUUACAACUGGCAGAGGUCUUAUACACGAUGAGGGAGCUUAAUGGAGGUUAAUGGACUACACUAAUGCCUUCUGAUA